AGAUGUUGUUGUUGCCGAUUUGCAAAUUGCCUCCGAAGAUUUCACAAUAUUGGAUGUAAAAGUUGCAAAUGCCACCGAGAAAAUUACCGGUUAUAUGUCGUUAAUGCAUCGAGUUACACUGCAAGUGCAAGUGGGAAGCGCUGACGGUGGUCAAAGAAAACAACUGAACUACAUCGUGAAAGAGAAAUCCGAUAAGGUUUUCGGCGGUGAAAUGGUUGAACUGAUGAGAGUAUUUCCCAAGGAAAUUCAUAUGUAUUUAAAAAUUCUACCGUCAUUGGAAGAACUGUGGAAGGCCGACAAGGUGAAAUUUGGACCAAAAAUGUUCAAAGUCACAUCGUCCCCAUUUACGGUAAUUGUGAUGGAAGACUUGCGACUAUCGGGCUUUAAAAUGAAGGAAUGUAGUGCAGGACUUAGCCAGGAAGAUUGCGAGAGAGUUCUGGAAAAAAUGGCCAAAUUUCAUGCUGCUUCCGUGGUGUACUAUGAAGAGAACGGCCCUUACCCAGAAGACUUUAAGGAUGGAAUGUUUUCUGAUAGACUGAUAACAAUGCUCGAGCAGUAUUAUGCCCCAUUGUUUGACUCAUACCUGCAGACUUUGGAAGAGCUUAGGUAUCCAGCUCAAAUCAUUGAAGCACUCAAUUCGUUCAAAGGGAAAGUCUAUUCAACGAUCAGCAAACUAUUCAGAUUGGAUUCGUCAAAGUUUAAUGUCCUCAAUCAUGGUGACACUUGGAUCAAUAACAUCCAGUUCAAUGAACUUGAUCUACUUUUGCUUGACUAUCAGAUAUCCUUCUAUGGAUCGCCUUCGUACGAUCUUCUGUACUUUAUAAUCAAUUCAGCGCUUAGUGUGCGUACCGAGAAGUUUAAUGACCUGAUCGAUCACUACUACAGUCAUCUGGCAGCAGGAUUGCAACAACUAGGAGCCCAAACACCCACACCAACGCGCCAACAGCUCUAUGAAGACAUCACGGCUCAUGGCUUCAUGGUUUGCGUUCUGUCGAUGGAGGGACUGGCGAUGAUGUUGGCUAUGCCAGAAUUGGACCUGGAUAUGGAAAUUUUGGGCUCCAUGGAACCGGAAGGAAUUGAAUUUAGGAGAAAACUGUACACAAAUGGACGGUUUGUGAAAAUGAUUGAAAAGCUGAUGCCGUUCAUGUGGGAUAGAGGGUUUCUGAAAGAGGUUCAGUCAUCAGCAUAAAUAAAUUU